AUGGAAAAGUUUGUCGCCCCCGGCGAUAAGGUUGGAGAAGUAAGAAGCUAUCGCCCCGGUCAUGGAGUAUAUGUUCACAAUGACAUUUUGAUCGCGAGUCUUGUAGGGACACUAAUUACCGAAAAGCCUACAAAUGGAGAGACGAUGCCACUCCUUCGAGUGUCUUCAUCAAAAUACGCCGGAGGGGCUCCUCCACUUCCAGAUAUCGGCUCAGUCGUCACUGCGAAGAUAACAAAGGUGACACCGCGUGCUGCAAGCGUUGAGAUCCUCGUCAUCGACGGACGGCCGCUUCGCGAGUUGUUCAAAGGGACCAUCCGGCAACAAGAUGUACGGCAAACUGAAAUAGACAAAGUUGAAAUUUACAAAUGCUUCGCCCCUAGCGAUGUGGUUCGUGCUGAAGUCAUCAGUCUUGGUGACCGACACGCAUAUUUCCUCAGCACGGCAAAAAACGAACUUGGAGUAAUAUACGCCAAGAGUAGAGCGGGAGUGGCAAUGAUCCCUGUGAACUGGCAAGAAAUGCAGUGUCCAGUCUCAAAAGCCCGAGAAUUCAGAAAGGUUGCGAAGCAAUAA